AUGUCCACCUUGCCUUCCUCUUUCCCAUGGACAAAGAAGCAGGAGCUGCCUCAAUUGGCCAGGAGGAAUUCCCUGCUGUCUGGACUUUGGCAGGCUGCUGAAGCGGGCCUUGUUCAUGAAGAGCUGCCUUUCUCUGCCGUUACGGUGAACCUGCCGAAUUUGAGUGCGCCGAUCCAUACCACCGUGCAAUCUUCCAAGGAAUAUGUUCGAGGAUCAGAACACGUCAGUACACACAGUGGAAUCAGUCUCGUCAGCACAGAGAAGCGCAAGGCCCUCCUGUCAACACUCGAAGAUGGGGCUCGAUACACACAACGGUUCAAGGACUGUUGCCGACGCAAGUACGGAAAGCUUGUCGUAGCAUGGCGGAUCCUCCUGGAUCCGGGUGGCAAUGGACGUGUCUCUUUCGUGCCUUUCUGCAAUGCGGCACGAGCCAUGGGCUUUGUGAAUGUUUCCACGCUUUGGCGGCAUCUGGACGUCAAGUGCACCGGCUUCCUGACACUGGACAGCUGGGAUCCCCACUCAUAUCGAGUCCUCAUGGAAUUCCGGGAGAUUUGCAGAUCUGAGUUCGGAGGAGUUGUGGAGGCUUUCAAGUUCGGAAUGAACAGGACCGGAUCAGGUGCUUGUUACAAGAAAGAGUUUGAACAGUUUCUCAAGAAUUUCGAGUUCUCUGGAGAUUACCAAAUCCUCUGGGAUGCUUUGGACAAAGAUCGUGGCGGCUUUAUCACAGUGGAUGAGCUUUUUUUCUUAGCACGAUGGCAGGGCGAACGCUUCCGACCUGAGAAGGUCCAGCGUGAGUUCAAUCUGAACCUUGUGCGAUUGAAGAUGUGCAAGCAGCAGCGACAAAAGCAUCAAGCGAGGAUGAACGAGUUCAAAGCUCGGAUCGAGGACGAGCAGCAAGUCCUCGAACGAAACCGAAGUCUACGGAUGGCAGCUGCUAAGCAGAAUGUCCGUCUGACUGCGGAGCAAGUCCGAUCAGCAGAAGAAGACGACUCUAACAUAGCCGCUGAUGCUGACAGCGAUAAAUCGGAUGUAUCGUGA